CGUUCCAUUACAGUCCAUGGCAGCUUCGGCCGUGCGGUGUUGACGUUUUUAAUGUCUUUUGGUCACAUGUUAUGGAUUAGACAGAUAUCGAGAUCAGAGGUCAGCCUCACUCGGGGUUUUGGGCCCCUCGGCAGUCGGGCAAUAUAACUUGAGGCCGUGCUGUUUUUAGGUUCGCUGAAAUGGAUUAUAGCAAUAAAAUGAUAUUGGCACCAAUGGUGCGGGUGUCUACUUUACCUGUUCGCCUGCUGGCCUUGCAAUAUGGGGCUGACAUUGUAUUUACUGAGGAGUUGGUGGACUGGAAGCUUCUUUCAUCUGUUCGACAGUGGAAUGAUAAACUUGGAACUGUGGACUAUGUGGACCCAGCAGACGGUACUGUUACAUUACGCACUUGUGUGGAAGAAAAGGAUCAUGUCAUACUUCAGAUGGGCACCUGUGAUCCUGAUCGUGCACUGAAGGUUGCCCAAAAAUAUGAGCAAGAUAUUGCUGGCAUAGACAUCAACAUGGGCUGUCCAAAGGAGUUUUCAAUUAAGGGAGGAAUGGGGGCAGCACUGCUUCAACAGCCAGAGAAAGUGAAGAGUAUCUUAACAACUCUUGUCAAGGGGGCCAACAUCCCUGUGACAUGCAAGAUCCGGCUGCUGUCGUCGGACGAGCGGACGCUGCAGUUCUGCCGGAUGGUGGAGUCGUGCGGCGUGGCGGCGCUCUCCGUGCACGGCCGCACGCGCCACGAGCGGCCCCGCCACCCCGUGCACGAAGACGCCAUCCGACGCGUGGCCGAGGCGCUCCGCAUACCGGUCGUCGCCAACGGCGGAUCGCGGCGCGUGCAGUGCCGGGCGGACGCGGAGCAGUUCCGGCAGCGGUGCGGCGCCUCCAGCGUCAUGUUGGCGCGCGCCGCCAUGUGGAACCUGUCCGUGUUCCGGCCCGAUGGCCCGCUGCCCCUGGACGAGGUCAUCACCCGCCUGCUCCAGCUGUGUGUCAGGUACGACCACCCAUUCACACAGGCCAAGUACACGGUGCAGCAGAUGCUGCGGGAGCUGCAGGAGACGCCGCGCGGCAAGCGCUUCCUGGCUGCGCAGACGCUCGAGGAGAUAUGCGACAUCUGGGGCCUGGGCGGCGCGUGCCGGGCGGCGUUGGGCCCGCCGGCCAGCCCCGACAGCCGGCCGCUCUCCAAGCGGCCGCGGCUAGAGGACGGUGUCACCCCCGGUCACCGGCCCUUCGUGCGCGGACACUACAAGCCGGAGGGGCUGCCGAAGACGCUGCUGCACGCCUGGUGUAGCCGACACGGCGAACCGGUACCGGCCUACCGGCUCGACUUCUCCGACAAGCUGUUCCGGGCUGUGGUCACCGUGCGCGGCCAGCGGUACGCGUCGCUCUGGGAGAAAAACAAGAAGUUCGCCGAGCAGGGCGCGGCGCUGACCUGCGUCGCCUCCCUGGGCAUCGGUGGAGGGCCGGCGACCCCGGCGAGCGCCGCCGGGUGUGCUGGGACGUUCCCGGUCGACGGGCUGCCCGCGCCGCCCUCAGACCGUCGACCUGAGGAUGACGCGACGGCGGACGCGACCGGCGCACCUCCUGGACCGGGGGGCGCCCGCGCCGCCGCCGCCGCCGCGAACGGCGAGCACGCGCAUGUGAACGGAGCGGCGCCGCAGGAGGAGCGGACCACGGCGCCGACUGGCGUGUGA